AUGUCUGGUCGUGGUAAAGGUGGAAAGGGGCUGGGUAAGGGGGGUGCUAAGAGGCACCGUAAGGUUUUGCGAGACAAUAUCCAGGGUAUUACAAAGCCCGCGAUCCGUCGCUUGGCUCGCCGCGGCGGGGUGAAGCGUAUCUCGGGGCUGAUCUAUGAAGAGACCCGCGGGGUGCUCAAGGUUUUUCUGGAGAACGUGAUCCGCGAUGCGGUGACCUACACCGAGCACGCCAAAAGGAAAACCGUCACCGCCAUGGAUGUGGUGUACGCCCUGAAGCGCCAGGGGCGCACCCUGUACGGAUUCGGUGGCUGAGUCGGUUUUCAAUCCCCCACAAACUGUAUUUCUUUAAGGCCCUUUUAAGGGCCACCCACUGGUGCACGGAAAGAGCUUGGUUCGCUCGGGCUGGGAAGCUAAA